GUGGCGACGUUGUCGAUUGGCUUCUGCGUGCGGGGCCUGGUGAGGAUGGGUGGUGGCCGUUUGAAUUCAAAAGUGGCGGGUGUGUCGCGGAGCUGGUAGCCGUCCGAUACCAUAGCGCGAGUGUUCUGCGUCGCGAGCGAGCGAGCGAGGGAAUCUGGGUCCCGGGAGCCCCGACGCCCUGUCCUCUCCUAUUGCGCUCCCCUGGAGUGUGUAGGACGGAGCUGAAUAUGGAGCAGCAGCAGAGACACCCCCUCUUGGAAGUGAGAGGGAACAAGGCACCUUCUCGACUGCCUCUCCCAGGAGGCAGGCUCAAGAGGGGGCCUGACCAGAUGGAGAAUGCCUUGGAGCCUGAGAAGAAACGGAUACGAGGCCUGGGCACAGUAAGCAAAAUUGUCACGUCCCACCCCAGAGCACCGCCCCUCACUACAGUGCCACAGACUCAAGGCCAGAUUGCAGCCCAGAAAGUUCCCAAGAAAACAGGACCACGGUGUUCUACAGCGACUACCACAGUGUCGAAGAGCAAGAAGCCAGUUGCUGCUGUUCCUGCCCAGAAGCCUGAUAUAUCAGCUGUUCCUCCCACGGUGGGAGGGAAGAAACCCAGCAAACGUCCAGCCUGGGAUUUAAAGGGUCAGUUAGGUGACCUAAAUGUAGAGCUGAAACGCUACCGUGAGAGGACUCAAACGUUGGACCAGGAGAACCAACAGCUGCGGGCCCAGCUCAAAGAAGCCCAGCAACAGGCCACAGCCCUGGGGGAAGAACGCAGGACACUGAAAGAGGAGUUAGCUGAGGUGCAAGCUCAGGCAGAGCAAGGCCAGCAAGAGCUGGGGAACCUGAGUGCCCGUGUCCUGGAGCUGGAAGAGCGGCUGGGCACACAAGAGGGCUUGGUGCAAGAGCUCCAGAAAGAACAGUUGGCGUUGCAGGAGGAGCGGAGAGAACUGGCUGCCCGGCUGGAGGAACAGGAGAGGCGGCUGCAGGCAUCAGAAGUGGCUCUGUCAAGCAGCCAGGCAGAGGUGGCAUCUCUGCGCCAGAAGACUGCAGCCCAGGGGACUUUACUGGCCGAGCGGGGAGAGCGUCUUCACGGGCUAGAGAUGGAGCGCCGGCGACUACACAAUCAGCUGCAGGAACUCAAGGGCAAUAUCCGCGUAUUUUGCCGGGUCCGCCCAGUCCUUUCAGGCGAGCCCACCCCGCCCCCUGGCCUCCUCCUGUUUCCUGCUGGCCCUGGUGGGCCUUCUGAUCCUCCAACCCGCCUCAGCCUUUCCCGGUCUGAUGAACGGCGUGGGACCCUGAAUGGGGCACCAGCCCCCACCACCCGCCAUGACUUUUCCUUUGACCGGGUAUUCCCACCAGGGAGUGGACAGGAAGAGGUGUUUGAGGAGAUUGCCAUGCUUGUCCAGUCAGCCCUGGAUGGCUACCCAGUAUGCAUCUUUGCCUAUGGCCAGACAGGCAGUGGCAAGACCUUCACAAUGGAGGGUGGGCCUGGGGGAGACCCCCAGGUAGAAGGGCUGAUACCCCGGGCUCUGCGGCACCUCUUCUCUGUGGCCCAGGAGCUGGGUGGCCAGGGCUGGACAUACCGCUUUGUGGCAAGCUAUGUAGAGAUUUACAAUGAGACCGUCCGAGACCUGCUGGCCAUUGGAGCCCGGAAGGGCCAGGGCAGUGAGUGUAAGAUUCGCCGGGCUGGGCCAGGGAGUGAGGAGCUUACUGUCACCAAUGCCCGAUAUGUCCCCGUCUCCUGUGAGAAAGAGGUGGAGGCCCUGCUCCAUCUGGCCCGCCAGAACCGGGCUGUGGCCUGCACAGCCCAGAACGAGCGGUCCUCACGCAGCCACAGUGUGUUCCAGCUACAGAUCACUGGGGAGCACACUGGCCGGAGCCUACAGUGUGGGGCUCCCCUCAACCUGGUAGACCUGGCCGGGAGUGAGCGGCUAGACUCUGGCUUAGCCCUUGGCGCUGAGGAGCGGGAACGGCUUCGGGAAACGCAGGCCAUUAACAGCAGCCUGUCUACACUGGGGCUGGUCAUCAUGGCCCUGAGCAACAAGGAGUCCCACGUGCCCUACCGGAACAGCAAGCUCACCUACCUGCUGCAAAACUCUCUGGGUGGCAGUGCUAAGAUGCUCAUGUUUGUGAAUAUUUCCCCCCUAGAAGAGAACGUCUCCGAGUCCCUCAACUCCCUGCGCUUUGCCUCCAAGGUGAACCAGUGUGUUAUUGGUACUGCCCAGGCCAACAGGAAAUGAAAAUGGACCCAGAUCCUGUGGGUGUGUGUGUCUGUCCAUGUGUGCCCAAGUUUUGUGCCCAUGUGUGUUUUGAGGGAGAGGGUUGCUGAGGGAUGCUUUAUGGGAGGGGAGGGGUGAGGAAGGCUGUUGUACCUGGGCCUAUCAAAUAAAGAAUUUUUUUAAAAAAAAAAUAAAGGUUUUAUUAGCAGAUACCCAAGGAGGGAGCUAUUUUUCAUACAUCUAAGGAUGGGAACUGUGGAUCUGUCCACUCUGCCAAGUGUGUGUGUCUUGUGGGGUGAGGGCUGCAGUUUUUCUCUCGGACAGGUCUCCCGCUGGAGUCUGAAGGGGACCUUCAAUUCUUUGUGGUUCUGUACCCUGGUCUGGCCCAUCUCUCUCUCACCUAACGUCCCCUCCCCCAUCAUAAAUAUCAAGGAGGUGCGCCUACUAGCUACCCCACAGCCCCGUCAUGGUCACCCCCACCGUUUCACCCACACCAUCAGCUACCCCAACCCCUGGGAGAAAAACUCCUUUGGUGGAUGUGGGAACAGGAAUCGAGGGGCGGGGACUAGGCGUGCACUGGGCAAACUGCUGGCUCUUCCCGCCCUUUCCCUGCCUUCCUGUUCGAAUCGCCAGGGUUCUGCCCUGUGCCCGUUCAUUGGCUGACUCUCCAUGACGUCACUGGUAUUAUCUCUCCUCGUCCUUGCACUAGCCCUCAAAGCCCGGGGCGGGACAUACAGGGG